GUUUUGCAUAAUAAUAAUUAAUUGAUGAUUGAAUUUGAAAAAAAAGAAUAAUAAUAAUUAAAUACAAAUAACUAUUUUCAACUGAAAAUAUAUGAAAUAAAAAAGUGUCAUGGAGAAGCUAUAAAAAACUUGCGAAAAAAAAUAAAGUGGUGCUUAAGGGAAAAGAUAAUCAAUAGUAGAAGAACCCUAUGUAGUAAUAGAUAUUCUUCGAAGGGUUUUAUCGGUUCCACAGGCAUAGGACUUGUUUACUUCGGGGUAGAUGACAACAUGGGUGACCUUGAAAACAUUAGAGGUCACGUGAUAUAUAGUAGAAGCGGGUGAUUGGUUAAAAAAGGCGUGCGUCCGCGGAUAACUACAUCUUGUGCGCAUUAGACUGCAAUCAGCGCCCUCUUUCAUAAAAAAAAUUGUGUGUCGCGUAUGUAUGUGAAUAAACGCGCUUGCGCUGUCGCGGUUCUUUUGUGUGUAUGUCUCAUGUGUUAACGUAAACUAACACGAGGCAUUUCUAUUUCCAUUUCGUUUGGUUGUUCAUUUCCUCCUUUCAGUCGUCUCAUUUGCGUCGAGCCUCGCGUCAGUAUCACUUGUUUAAUAGUAUUAGGGUGCAAUAAAUGAGUUAGUCCAAAGAAUUAAGUGACGAAGAUAGAAUAAAGAAGAUCUCGAGUAGGAUAAAGAGAAAGAAGAGUCGAAUAUUAGUUUCAUUUCUAUAUGUGGGUGUCCCAGCAGCAGCGCGCGCGCGAAUUGUGUUGUGUUACGGCGGUGGCAGUGGCCGCGACGCCGCUCUAUGUUGUUGUCGCUCGACCCUCAAGAUGAAGUCCGACUCAAAAUCUUUGUUGACAGCUCAAGCAGAAAAAGCGAAUCAUUACACAUACUUAAAGGAAUUUCGUGUGGAACAAUGUCCACUGUUUAUACAGCGAAAGUGCACACAGCAUCGGCCAUUCACGUGCUUCAACUGGCACUUUAUGAACCAACGGAGACGCAGACCAGUGAGAAAACGAGACCGCACCUUUAACUACAGCGCGGACAAUUAUUGUACCAAAUACGAUGAAACUACCGGCAUAUGCCCUGAUGGAGACGAAUGUCCAUUCCUUCACCGAACAGCUGGGGAUACAGAAAGACGUUAUCAUCUUCGAUAUUAUAAGACAUGUAUGUGUGUUCAUGAUACAGAUACAAGAGGAUUUUGUGUAAAAAAUGGACCACAUUGUGCUUUUGCACAUGGCAAUCAUGACCUUCGUCCUCCUGUGUAUGAUAUAAAAGAAAUUCAAGCAUUAGAAAAUCCAGAUUCAGAUCCAAAUUCUUCGACAAAUGGGCCAAAUAUUUUGGACAAAGAGAGAAAUUUGAUGAAUGAAGAUCCUAAGUGGCAGGACACUAAUUAUGUUCUCAGUAAUUACAAAACUGAGCCAUGCAAGAGGCCACCUCGGCUUUGUAGACAAGGAUACGCCUGUCCUCAGUAUCAUAAUAGCAAAGAUAAAAGGAGAAGUCCGCGAAAAUAUAAAUAUCGAUCUACUCCGUGUCCAAAUGUAAAACAUGGAGAAGAAUGGGGCGAGCCAGGAAACUGUGAACAAGGAGAUGCCUGUAUGUAUUGCCAUACUCGAACUGAACAACAAUUUCAUCCUGAAAUUUACAAGUCAACCAAGUGCAACGAUGUUCAGCAAGCUGGAUACUGUCCCCGCGGCGUCUUCUGUGCCUUUGCACAUGUUGACCGUGAGUUUACUAUGAUCAAUCUUGUGCCAACAGAAGAAAUGAGUUUGCCCGUGCCAUUUGAUUGUGGUACAAAUUUGGCGGAUAUUCUAAGCAAUGCAUUGCCACCUGAUAAGCGGUCCCAUGAUAAAGACAAACAACUCAGCGAUAGUAGUUUUCUGGGAUUCCAGAAUGGAAGCGGCGAAGUCUCGGAAUCAGCGAGUACGAGUAGUCUUGGCAGUAAUCAUUCUCAUAGUAAAGCACCGGGCGCACAGCUUCAUAACUCCAGUACAAAUUCAAUAGGAAAUGCUGUAAAUCAACCGAAACUUUCAACAAAUAUACUUUUUAAUCCUAAUUCACUUAUACAAAUAAAUGAAAUUCGAAAACAAAUCAUGGCAAUAGAUAGUGAUCCUUUGUUAACAAAAUCAGAGAAAAUUCAACGUAAACAAAAUCUACUUUUACCUUACAAUUUAAAUGGUACUUUGAGUAGUCACUCAUUGACCACAGUAUCUCCUCUUUCAAGUAGUUCUUUUUAUCCUAAUGAUACCGUUGAAUCGGUAGUAGGUAAUGCAUUGGAUGAACUGCAUUUAGAUGAUCCUUUAAAUUUAGUUGAUUCAAUACACAGGGAUACUAGUUCACCAAUAAGUAAUUCAAUAUCAGCGGGUUUGGCAAGUUCAGGAUUACUUGGAAGUUCCGCUCCAGUAAAUAUUCCAGGAAUGGCUGAACGUUCUGUUCUCUCAAAUUUCUCACCAUCUACUUCCAGUCCAUUGCAACAUUUACAAUCCGCUGGAUUUUUGACAGGGUCCAGAUUUCCUCAGGAUUCAAUUGAAUCUACAAUGCCAUUUUUGAGUCAUUCAGUAUCAGAUCCAUUUAGCAAUCAUAUUUCACAAUUAAGCAGUUCUGCAUCAAAAUUGAGUGGUUUCAACAGCAGCUUAUUCGAUUUUGCCAGUCAAGGAUUAUCGCCAUCACGUACACAACCAUUAGCAGCAUCUCCACUUGUAAAUGCAUUUUCAUUAAGCCCUAGUAAUUCAGGAUCACUUUCAGAGAUGCAAGUUCAAAGGCUACGGGAAGAAUUAACAUCAAGUAGAGCUCAACUCGCAACUUGGGAUGAGAGGAUAAAUCAAGCACGUGCUGCUUGUGCAGCUUGGCAUGCAGAGAGUGAAGAAGCUAAAAGAAAAGCCACAAUUGCUGAACAACAAAGAGAUGAGGCUUUAAUGCAGGUAAAAGCACUACGGGUAGAAAAUGAACAAUCUAAUGGCGGUCCUCAUCUACAUGCAUUGAAAAGAACAAGUGAAUUGAGGAAUUUAUCUAUAACAGCAUUAAAAACAAUUCAAUCACAAUUACGUCAAGAUCUUGAAGAAGUAGAGAAGGUGUUAUACAGAGAAACAGCUAACAAAUGCAUGGUCUGCGAGGAACAAAAUCGUGCAGUGACAUUAGCACCUUGUAAUCACUACGUAGUUUGUGCAACCUGUGCACCAAAUCAACGUGAGUGCCCGUACUGUCAGACUCCCGUUGUCUCCACCAGUUAAAUCAAUCAUAUUUAAUAUAUUCUAUAAUGCAAGCUGUUAUAUAAACUGUUACUAAUAGUGACAGUGACAAGUUUAACACUUUUAGUUGCCAAAACAGUUUAUAAUAAAUAUUAAAGUGAGCAACAUAGAAAGAAAUCAGAAACAAAAAUAGUUUACUGUGGUAAUAAUUGAAUAAAAUGAAGAAAAGCUGCUGCCAUCACUACAAAUCGUAAGUUAAGAAAAUAAAUAAUUAUGACAGAAUUAAAAACAAAUGAUGAAAAACUAUUAACGAAAAUUUGAACAAAAAAAA